GUCUCUACUCUUUUGUCUUUGAAUUUCUCCCUCCCUCUCUAUGUAUCUAUAUGUUGGGAGGUAUACGUGCCUCUGUUUUCAUGCCGUUUGGAGUUUUGGACAAUAUGCGCAUGCUUGUAUCUCUGCAAUUUAUGUGGAUGUGGUUUUGCACUGGCUGGCGAUGUGCUGAUGUCUUUUUCCCCGAUUUUUCUUGUUUGUCUUUGGGAAUGCAAUUGGAUGUCUUCCUUCUGUCUAAGUGUUCUGUUUUAUGGUAUGUUAAGUGUUUGAUUGAAUGCGUUUUCUCCUCUUAGAUUUGGAUUUUGUAAACUGGGAAUGUUGCUAAAGUUAGUUGAGCCGAAAUGUGAAUUCAAUAGGUAAGUACAUAUGGAUGGAAUAUUCAUUAUCAAUGGAGGUCAAUAUUUUUUGGAUGCCUUGUAGUGCUUAGUUAUGGAGGGAGAUCAUGUGGAAAGUUUUUUCCCCACUGUAACUCUUAAAGAGGAAUAUGAGGACAGAUGGUUCUGAAGAGUGAAGAGGAUAUAGUUUCUUUUUUUUUUUUUUUUUUUUUUUGAAUUUUCAAGUAAGAAGUUUUAGCUGAGAAUGCCUGUUAAAAUUGGAAAUGUUUUGAUUCAGCAUUGAUUAUUUUGGCUUUGAGAAUGAUGGAUGUUUUCUUAUGUAUAUAAGAAUAUGGUGUUUACUGUUUAGAACUACCAUAAAGUGAUAUCUAGAAUUCAUUACUAUGUUUUUCUUUCCAUAACUUUGUUGCUUAAUUUGGUUCUCUGGUUGUGCUUUCUAUUGGCUGCAAGUUUUGGGAAUUAGUGAUACUGAAAAUUACUUUCAUCUAGCCAUUUUCAUUUCAGGUGCAUAUUCUGAACAAUGGCGGAUGGCAUAUCAAGCUUUUGGGGCCCUGUGACGUCUAAAGAGUGGUGUGAACCAAAUUAUGUCUACUCUCCUUAUAUUGCAGAAUUUUUCAACACCAUCUCAAUUGUCCCAUGCAUUCUUUUGGCUCUCAUUGGUCUUGUGAAUGCCUUACGACAGCGAUUUGAGAAAAGGUUUAGUGUCCUCCACAUAUCAAACAUGAUUCUUGCCAUAGGAAGCAUGGUUUAUCAUGCCACACUGCAAAGGAUGCAACAACAAGGUGAUGAGACACCAAUGGUGUGGGAAAUGCUUCUCUAUCUUUACAUUCUCUACUCACCAGAUUGGCAUUACCGGAGUACAAUGCCUACCUUUUUGUUCAUAUAUGGAGCGGUGUUUGCCAUCGUGCAUUCACAGGUUCGCUUUGUAAUUGGUUUUAAGUUGCAUUAUGCAUUACUGUGCCUUCUAUGUGUUCCUCGUGCAUACAAGUAUUACAUCCACACAGAAGACCGAUUGGCAAAGCGUCUUGCAAAACUAUACGUGGCCACUUUAAUGGUUGGGAGUGCAUGCUGUCUAUUUGAACGCCUGUUUUGCAAGGAUAUUUCAACGUGGUCCUUCAACCCACAGGGUCAUGCUUUAUGGCAUGUGUUGAUGGGGUUUAACUCGUAUUUUGCAAACACAUUUCUGAUGUAUUGCCGUGCUCAGCAACUGGGGUGGAAUCCAACAAUCAAAUACCUCCUGGGUUUCCUCCCCUAUGUGAAAAUUCAAAAGCCAAAAGUUCAAUAGCUCUUCAAGCCAAGCUUGUGAAUGGAAUGCCUGCCAACUCAAGCAGCCAUAAUUCUUUUUGGUUUUACCGUUUUUGAAGUCUAUUGUAAAUGAAAUUCAGAAUAGUUUUGGCUGGUUCUAGCAGUCCUUAAUUUUGACUGUAAAUUUAGAUCUCUCUUGGUGUACCAUACAGAUAUUCUACCAUAGAAGAUUACAUACUAGACUGACUGACUAGUUUGUUCUUUUCAACUUCUUAGUCUUUUCAAGGUUGAAACUUGAAACA